AUGGAAGCACGUUCAACCAUUGUUUCAAGUAUGCCUACUCGUAAUGAUCUUACGUUGGAACAGAAGAUUAAUUUAAUUAAACAAAAUGAAGGUGGUUCAUCUUAUCGUGGUUUAUGCGAUAAAUUUAAAGUAUCCAUCGGAGCUGUAUCGAAUGUUAUUAAAAGAAAAAGUGAAUAUUUAAAUGAUUAUGAAACUAAUCUAAAUAAAAAGAUUAAACGGAAAACUUGCAGCGAUUUCAGUCAAUCAAUUAAUCAAUUGGUUUAUGAAUGGUUUACUGCUCAGAGAGCAAAAAGAAUUCCUGUUUCAGGACCACUGCUGCAAGCUUAUGCUCGCAAAGCUGCUCAAGAAUUAGGUGAUGAAUCGGGAUUUAAGGCCAGCAAUGGGUGGUUGGAAAGAUUUAGAGUUCGUUAUAAUGUUCAUUUCAGGAUGAUAUCUGGUGAAGGAGCAUCCGUUGAUCAAGAUACAGUAUCCGACUGGAGAGCGCGUUUAUCGACAAUUCUGGAACAGUACAAUCCUGUUGACAUUUAUAAUUGUGAUGAGACGGGUCUCUACUACAAGUUGAUGCCCGACAGAUCUCUUGUUAUUAAUAAGGAAGAAGAAGGUAAGGGAAAUUAUCAAACUCAUGUAAUUAUUCAACUUUGCUUGUCCCCCUCAUUUAUGAACACCCUGUUAUACUGA